AUGUCCCUCACCGACUCCGAACUGGAGCUGGUCAGCUCGCAGCUGCAGCGGGAGAACGACGACAUCCCCGAGGAGCCCGACAUGAUCCUCUCAUCAGACGCCGAGAACGGCCAGUCGUUUGCUCCACCACCACGCAUCGCCGCCCGCUUCUACCGCCAUGCCAGCAAUCGUCGCAAGUCAUCGGCUACCUCGUCCCGCCGAAACUCGCUGUCAUCGACACACUCGCAUACGUCCAAUCGAUCGUUUCGCAACAGCUGUCAGAGCCACCAUGUUGCCCAGCACCUUCGCCGUGCUUCUAUACUCGAAGACCGCAAAGCGCGACUAGCAGACCGCGCCGCGCAUGCUGAGCAGGUCAGGCUGCGCGCUGCGUUGGCCAAGGCUACCCCACGUGGCUCGAACAGUGAAGAGAGGGCGUUGGCAGCGCAGCAGGCCCGCGAGAAGCAUCUGGCACAGGUCGCGGCUUCCUGUGCUGAGGAAGUGAGGAGAGCCAAGAAGAUCGCAGAAGAUAUGAAGGAGCGCAAGGCCGCUGAGGAGCGACGAUACCGCACCGAGAUGGAAGAGAAGCUUGCAGAGGCCGAGAAACGCAGGCUGGAGUACAAGCGCAACCCCAGACGGCCACGGACUGCUAGUUCACCCCCAGCCGACGUCAAGAUACGAACCGAGCGCCCUAUCGUGUCGACCGAGGACGCUGCGAAGAGGAUCCAAGCUGCUUGGAGGGGUAAAGUUAGGCACAACAUCGUCGCAGCAUGGCUACAACUUGGCUUGUCAAUUGAGAUGGUCCAAGAGACCAGCUUCGAAGUCAUCACCGGCAUGCUCGCAGACGAGAAGCUACUCAAGACAACAGAUAGAAUCAUGACACUGUUUGUGCUACUGCCCGACGCAGACCCAGCCUCCCGCAGCGCAGCCGUCCGAACCUUCCUCUCCUCAUACCUCAUCCUGGGACACCCCACACACGUCUUCAGUCGAGACGGAGACCAAGAACAGGAUCUCAUCACCAAAGCCAAGGACCUGGUUAUCAGCUUCGAGUCUGCUUUGGCUAAGCUGACGAAGCUCAACUCAUACACUCCCUCCCCCACGCGCACCGAGACCGUACUGCUAGCCCAUAGCGCAUUCGUUACCGCUUUCAACGACUGGAAAGCUCGCGACUCCUCUGCGCUCGUCGAGACAAUGGUGGCUUCAUUCGUCAGCCUCGACGAGAUCUGGCAAAGUGUCAAGGAUGCGACGGUGGAUGAAGUCGCCAACGAGUACAGGAACGGUAUCAGGGAUAACCAGGCUAUUCUACUUAGUAGAAUUAAGAAGUUGGCGGGUCCUGACAAGGCUCUCACCUUGAUCAGGAAGGCCAUUCGCGAAAGUCGGAGGUCAAGGCCGAAGAAGAGGCUCGCCGGAGACACUGUUCGACCGCGCGUUGCGAGCGAGUCAACACCGGAGUCCCCACUGUCAGCCGAUAGUGCAGCCAAACAGGCUGAGGCUGCUUCAGAGCUUGCAGCUUCUGGACGAUCUGAGAUUCAGGACUCCACGGCUCAGGGUCAUCAGGCACAGUCGCUCUCCAAGGUCUUUACCGUCGUGCCUGAUAAUCGCAUUCUCGUCCACGAGCUUUCCAUCGACAAAGACUACCGUAUCGAUCCUUCGCCAACGGCCGACCUGCGCGAUGCUCUCAACCGUGAGCUCUGCGACGCGAUGCGACGAGGUUUCGAAGAGGGUGACAGCACAAACUGGACUGCUGCUAUGGCAGAGAACAUACGGGGCAAGCUGUUGCGACUUCUCAAGCCUGGCAACUCGAUGCACACACUCAUCUCGGAGACAUUAGACCCUGAGCAUGUUGGUAGGCAGUGCAGUCAGGGUGUCUUCUCUUACGGGAAGUUCUUCGACUUCAUUGCGAGCAUUCUUCCAAAGCUUUGCGCUCCCUUCCGAGACACUGAGGUUCAAUUGCUUGCUGAGGAGCUGCAAGAAGAGGGCGAGCUUUCAAGCAUGAUUGAGAAGCUCUUCAAGAUUUUGCAUGUCAUCGACCUUCUGUCACUAGACUACUCUAACUUCCUGUUGAUGAACGCCGCCCCAACUCUUAUCAAAGAGGCUGUUGGUUACGAGCAGCGUAUGUUCACCCAGGAUCUUGAAGAGCACAACCUCACUCUCGACCGCACACGCCGAUGGUGGCGCAGUGCAGCAGUUAACAUGCACACCGAAGCCGACCGCCGUGAUCCUUGGAGCCAGGCCAAUCCCAUCAACCGCCCUACAGCACACAAGAUCUACGCCCGUGGUCUCGUGGACCUCGCAAUCGCUACACCACCACUACGAAAGUCUGAGCUACCAGAGACCCUCGAAUUAGAUCGCGCACGCAUCUCCCGCAUCCGCGAAGACGCACUGCGCAUCACAACAAUCGGUGGUAUCCUGCUCACAGCAAAGAAUCUACUCAAACGCGACGUGCGCGCACAAUGGAAGUCCGAAGCGAACAAGAUGUGGCUCGUGUUGAAGGAAAACGGCUACAUGUCCGACCCCACCACCCCAUCCAAGAUCUCCUCUCUCCUCGAGUCAUCCCGCAACAUGCCACCUUCCACACGCUCCCAACUCUCCUCCACCAUCACCCGUCUCCUCACGCAAGCCGAAGCAGGCAAGCUCUCCGACCCCGUGAUGAAGGUCCUCUUCCAGCGUCUGAAGACACACAUCUUCAACCGCGUUAGCGCUAGCAGCUCUGGUGAGCGCGUCAAAGCUGCUAGUACGGCUACGGAAGGCCUUGCUACUACUGGGUUACCUGAGUUUGUAUCCCAAGUUGCGGAUAUCUGUGAGCAGCUAAGUAAGGUUGGUGAGGUUGAUCGCAAGUGCCACGGCAAGUGGUACGAGGAGAUUGCUGAAGAGAUGGAGAGACUGGGUCUCGAGGGCGGCGAAGGCGGUGAGGAGCUUACAAGGAGUUCCAGUGCGGAGAGUGAGGCUGUUGCUUCUACGAGCUCGGAGGGCUCUGUGUAA